AAAAAGAAACUUUUUAAUGAUGGACGAAACUAUACAUGGUUUUAACUGUGCCUAGAAGAGGAUGUGUCCUUGAAUUUCGUUUGUAACUUCAUUCGCCUGAUAGAGGUUCUUAUACAAUGAAUCGUCAACCUAGCUCCUCACAGCCGUCACAGAAACCGCCAAGAAUGAACGCAAAUCAGCCAGGAGGGCCGACAAAUGCCGACUUGGCGAGUAUAUUUGAAUGUCCUGUAUGUUUUGAUUAUGUUCUUCCCCCAAUUCUUCAAUGCAGUAGUGGUCAUUUGGUUUGCUCGAACUGCCGCCCGAAAUUAACAUGCUGCCCAACAUGUCGUGGACCCUUGGGCAGUAUCCGAAAUCUGGCGAUGGAAAAAGUAGCUAAUACGGUGUCUUUUCCUUGCAAGUAUGCUUCAGCCGGUUGCGAAGUGAACUUGCCACACACUGAAAAACCAGAACACGAAGAAUCCUGCGAAUUUCGACCUUAUUCUUGUCCUUGCCCCGGGGCUUCUUGUAAAUGGCAAGGAUCACUGGACUCGGUGAUGCCUCACCUUAUGCACGCGCAUAAAUCUAUCACAACUCUUCAAGGAGAAGACAUUGUUUUUCUGGCGACUGAUAUAAACCUUCCCGGAGCUGUGGACUGGGUCAUGAUGCAAUCUUGCUUUGGUCAUCAUUUCAUGCUAGUGCUGGAAAAGCAAGAGAAAAUCGAAGGACUUCAACAGUUUUAUGCCAUUGUUCAGUUAAUUGGGACACGUAAACAAGCAGAAAAUUUUGUGUAUCGACUUGAAUUGAAUGGAAACCGACGACGUCUGGCCUGGGAGGCUACUCCGAGAAGUAUCCACGAGGGAAUUGCUUCGGCUAUCUUAAACAGUGACUGCCUUGUGUUCGAUACUAAUAUCGCUCACUUGUUUGCCGAUAACGGAAAUCUAGGAAUCAAUGUUACCAUAUCGAUGGUCAGCUGAAACUUGUUGAUGCUGUCCUUUUCAGUCUGAACAAUGUAAAUCAAUUCUCCCUACCGUUUUUGUGUACUUGUUAUAUUCCUACACAGAGAGAAUUUUGUUUUCUCUCUGCAUUUGGACUUUCACUCAAGAAAAAAAAAUUGACUCGAUGUCUUGUGGGAUUUUAAAAGCUAGGGCUUUCAGUACACCUGUAAGUAAGUACUUCAUUACAUUAUUUAGAAAUUAUAAUAAGUAUUUCUAAUAUUUUAAUUUUGUUUCUUACCACAAGGUCUUUAGUUUUGUUUAUUUCUCUAUUAGUAGGGAACUAUAAUAGCUUUUUUCAAAUGCUUGUGUACAUGUAUGUCAGAAAACAUACUGUCCUGACCAUAUUUUACUUCUCAUAAAACUGGCUUACAAGGAGGAUUGUCCGUGAAGUCCUCCAUGCUGAAGGAAACAUGGAUUCCAAUUUUGCUUCUGUCAUCCACCAGGCAAGUUGCUGUGUUAUUAAACUUGUCAGAAGUAUUUUAUAGUUAGAUUUGAUACACAGGUGACCUGACAGCUGCUUUUAUGGAUCCCUGUAUUUAUUAUUCAGUCAGAUAUUUUGGAAAACACUGCAUUGUAAACAAAAUUUUAACCUUUGAAAAUGGUAAAUGUCGUGAGCAUGACUUCUGUCGUGUCACUGCAGAUAAAAUUCACAAAUUUCUAAAGCAGUUUACACAAUCUAGACCUAGUGAAAAUAAAAAAUCAUCAUUGGCCUUAUCUUUUUUCCCCCUAGGGUGAACAUCAGUUUUUCCCAAAUCAUUAAAUAAAAACUCUCUGUCUGUGUGCAAUACUGUAUUCAUGUGACUAAGCACCGCCCCAAUUAUUAGCGCUGCUGAAUUUAAUCAGGCUUCAUGUAACUAGACUUCAACACAAGAUGCAACUUACAGCAAUGAAGAUUGACAUAUGCCAAGUGUAUUUAUAACUUGAAAUCAAGUUUUAAUCACAAUUAAGUCAUAUUAUGAUUUGUGAAAGAAAAAAGUAAAGUAUUUUGGUGCUCAGUAUUUCUCGA